AUGAAAGCCAAAUUUGGAUCUCAACCUUGGUUCCAAGAAAACUUGCAUACUGGAUGCAUCUCUACCAAGGAUGCCUUAAAGUUUUCUCUGAUAUAUCCUCUUGAAAAUCUUCUGGAAUGUAAAUCAAGUAUGGGCUCUUUCCGCAUUCGUUUGACGUACACUCACACAAAGGCAUCAAAAGGAGAUGAGAAAUGCUCAGAUAGUGCUGAGACUUGCAAGAGAAGAAAGAUAGGCAUGUCCAAGUUUAUUACUGUUCCUAUGUGUUAUGAAGGAGAAAGACCGUUUAGCAAUUCACUUGAAAAUAAUUCCUCUGAUUGCUGUGAGUUCUUGCUAGAAAAGGCAAAUGAGCCUUGCCAUUUUACCUUCUUUUGCUACAGGACCCCCUUCUAUUUUGGUGGAAGAUACCUAAAGUAUUCACGGAAUGUGAGUCAAACAUGCUGGAUCAUCGAUGAUGAAAGAAUGGGAGAAGCAUCAGUUGAGGAAAUAAUUGGUGGAAACAUCCUCCAAGCCUGCCAAGGUGAUAGUUUUAAGUUUCAUGCUGCAGGCAGAGAAGAUAUCGAUGUCCGAAUGUUGGGUCCAGGCAGGCCCUUUCUUGUUGAGGUGCAAAAUGCACGACAUAUCCCAUCUGAACUGUUUGUAAAAGAUGUAGAGAAAUCGAUAAAUAACAUGAAGAAUAAAUUGGUUAGGGUGAAAAAUCUGAAACUUGUUGGUAGUGAGGGCUGGGACCUUAUGCGUGAGGGUGAAGCAGAGAAGCAGAAACAAUAUGCUGCUUUAGUGUGGAUUUCUCGUCCUCUAAAGGAUGAAGAUUUUCAAUGUAUUUCUUCACACAAGGAUUUGAAAGUUUUGCAGAGGACUCCAAUAAGGGUGCUACAUCGUCGCAGUCCUUUAGAGCGGGAAAAGAUUAUUCAUUGGAUGAAAGUAGAGGCAAUUGCUGGAAGUUCCCAAUAUUUUCUUUUGCACCUAUGUACACAGGCUGGGACCUAUAUCAAGGAAUUUGUUCAUGGGGACCUUGGACGAACCCAUCCUAGCAUCGGAUCAAUUUUGGGUUGCAGAGCUGAAAUUUUGCAACUUGAUGUCACAGACAUCAAAAUGGAAUGUUUCCUGGCAUAA